AUGGCACAGGGACAAAAGAGCCCCGGCUGGGCAUUAACCCAGCACCCCUUCCACAUGGCAUUGGGCCUGUGGCUCCUUUCCUUCCUCCAUCUCAUCCUCAGUGUGUCAGCUGCAGACGAAUAUGACUACUACAGCUGGCAGUCGGACAACUUUCACAAUGGCCGCUUCUACACCAAACAGCCCCAGUGUGUGGACAUUCCGGCUGACCUGCGUUUAUGUCACAAUGUGGGCUACAAGAAGAUGAGGCUGCCCAACCUGCUGGACCACGAAACCAUGCCCGAGGUCAAGCAACAGGCGGGAAGCUGGGUGCCUCUCCUGGCCAAGCGGUGUCACGCCGACACGCAGGUCUUCCUCUGCUCGCUGUUCGCGCCCGUGUGCCUGGACCGGCCCAUCUACCCCUGCAGGUCACUGUGCGAAGCAGUGAGAGACAGCUGCGCUCCCGUAAUGGAGACUUACGGCUUCCCCUGGCCGGAGAUGCUGACGUGCGAUAAGUUCCCCAUCGACAAUGACCUAUGCAUCCCUAUGCAGUUCACUGCCAACCACGCUACCCAGCCACCAGUGUCAAAGGUGUGUCCCCCGUGUGACAACGAGCUGAAGGCAGACAACAUCAUGGAGCAUUACUGUGCCAGCGACUUCGUCCUUAAGAUGAAAAUCAAGGAGGUGAAGAAGGAGAAAGGUGACAAGAAGCUGAUUGCAGCCCAGAAGAAGAAGAAAGUACUGAAGCAGGGUGUACUACGGAAAAAGGAUCUAAAGAAGCUGGUCUUAUACAUCAAGAAUGGCGCCAACUGUCCGUGCUCGCAGCUCGACAGCCUAGGCUCUAAUUUCCUCAUCAUGGGCCGCAAAGUGGACCAGCAACUGCUACUCAUGUCCAUCCAUAAAUGGGACAAGAAGAGCAAGGAGCUUAAGUUUGCCAUCAAGUAUAUGAAGUCCCAUCAGUGUCCAACCUACCACACAGUUUUCCAGUGA